AUGCUUCGUGUAUUCUCCGGCAGCUGUCUUUCCCUCGAGCAUAUGGAGACAGUCCGGGACUUCAACUUAGUGAAGCAGCCACAUGUACUGGGCCCCGGAGCUGAUUAUUUCACCGAGGAUGGGCAACCAGUGCGGCCUCAGCCUUGCGCUCACACACUGCAUAAAGUGUUCUCAGGCAGCACGUUAGACCUUAACGCAGCGUGUGGUGAGAUUCUCUCCGAUGAAGACGUUGCGCUGUCAAAUGGAACGCGGGGGAGCCCUCACCGCGCAGGUCAACAAGGCCAGCAGCAGCAACCGAAGAUUGCCCCCGGAGCUACGGUUUCGACAAUCCUUAGCCAGUUGUCAUCUGAAACCGAGAAGGAACGCGCCAAAAGCCUCCGAAGCAAGACAGUCGUUCUGAUUGUUGGUGGUGUCGGUUACGUGUCCAGCCACGUUGUCAACAAGGCGCUUGAGGCAGGUUACAGCGUGCGCAUCACCGGGAGUGGUGCCCUAACACCACAGCAGCAAGCGGCACUUUCCUCCGUGGGUCGCGACCACGAGCAACGACUUUCUAUAUUCGAGGCGGACAUGACUAAUACAAAUUCGCUGCGUGACGCUCUGCGGGGUUGCAAGUAUGUCAUCCACUGCGGAUGUCCCGUUAGCUCUACUGAUAAGGACACGGUUGAGUUUCACCUAAGUGCUGUCCAGGCGCUCUUCAACGCCAUUCGGCAGGCUGGUAAAUCAACGGUAAAGCGAGUGGUGAUACACGGUGCCGCAUCGUCCGUCUUUCACGUCACGGAUCCCGAGCCACCGUCCGGCGCCUUCGACGAGUCCUGUUGGAACAGUGUCGCAACAAACGAUACCGAUCCCAUUCCUUAUGCUCGUAUAUAUUUUGAGAAGGAAGCAUGGAGAUUGAAGCAGAUGCUGGGGGUGGAGUUAGUGGUGAUCCUCCCGUCCAUCACAAUAGGCCCUAGCCGCACUGAAGAGGUUAGUGAUGCCAUGAAGAGAAUACAACAUUUAGCCACCGCCUCGUCGUACUUCCCAUACGCACCAAACUUGCACUGGAAUUUUGUGGACGUACGGGAUGUUGCUGAAGCCCACGUCCGGGCACUAGAGUGUCAGGAGGUGAAAGAUCAGAGGGUCAUAGUCUCCGGCGGGUGCUUUAGUUUCGCAGAGAUUGGGAAGCUCAUCAGAAAUGAAUACCCGCACCUCACCCCACCGACGCGCACAGCCAACACGCUCAUGACACUCAUCAUUGGAGCGACGCAUUCACAGGUGAGCAUACGCUUUCUGUGGCGUACGUUAGGCGUCAGGAAGUGCUUGGACACGCGCAAAGCAACGACUGAGCUGGGCAUGAAGUUUACACCCAUGCAGGAGACAUUGCGUGCGAGUAUUGAACAGAUGAUUAGCGCAGGCGAACUUCCCCCAGCGGACGGGUCGGUUAACGCGCGGUCUGUAAGUCGGGCUGGACUCGUUGUCACAACAAUGGUGGCCGGCCUCAUCGGUGUGGCGGCGUGGAUCGUAGUGCGAAGGAGGGGAAAGAAUUGA